AUGCCAACUGAGUCUCUCUUGGCAUACAUGGAUGAACCGGAUGGAAUAGCCAGUGAUGAUGCUGCACAGGAGACUGACGAUGCCUCAGUGACAAUGAAAGGAACAAACACCAUUUCGUACAAAACCUUGCAAGAAAAGUUUCUCAUGCAAGCUGAGGGAUGCAUGACUCUGGACUGCAUGUUUUGUGAUGAGACUUUUAAACAACCUGAAGAACUUGCUAAGCAUGUUUUAACUCAGCACAGGCCCACUCUUUGUGAACCAGCUGUCCUGCGAGUUGAAGCAGAGUAUCUUAGUCCUCUAGACAAAUGUCAAAUAAGAGCAAACGUUUUACCAAACAAAGAAAAGGACAGUGAAAAACUUAGUUGUGAAGUUUGUGGACAGACAUUUCACGAAGUUUUUGAUGUUGAGACACACAUGAAAAAGCAUAAAGAUUCUUUUAUGUAUUGGUGUAAUGUAUGCGGAAGAAGAUUUAAAGAGCCAUGGUUCCUUAAAAAUCACAUGAGAACACAUAACGGAAAGCCUGGCUCUAAAAACAAGCACCAACAAGGUUCUGAAACCCCCAUAACGAUAAAUGGAGUCGUGCAGGAGCAUGCAAGUGAAAACCUAACGUCACCUUAUAAAAUGUGUAUGGUUUGUGGUUUCCUAUUUCUCAACAAAGACACUCUAAUUGAGCACAGUAAAGUGCACACCAAAGAAUUAGUACCCUAUACUGAAAGCCUCCAAGCGACUGGUAAACCUGAUACAAAAGAUAAGUCUCAAAAAGGGGAUUUUUUCCAAUCAUUUAACUUACGACCAAACGUUCCAGAAAAUGACGAACAACAAAACCCUGUGAAAUGGAUACCUCAGCUAGAUCCUUUUACCACAUACCAAGCGUGGCAGCUGGCCACCAAAGGUAAAAUCGCAGUUGCGCGUGGCCAUGUGAAAGAAUUGAGACGUGAAGCACAUGUGGACUGUGAUGAUUCAUGUUCUGAUAAAGAAGAACUCGGUGAAAUUAGGAAGGGAAAGAAGGGUAGCCAUAUUCCAACUACGGGGAAGUCAAGGGUAAAUAAAAACGGCGGUCAUACAGGGAAUGGCAACGUAUCGCAAGAGAAAUUGAAACAUCCCGCUGGUGAAGUGCCUUCAAUGGAGACGGAUUCGAAAUUGGCCCAGAAUAAGGACAAGCCUACCCACUGUUCUGCAUGUGGAAAAGCCUUCAGAACAUACCACCAGCUAGUCCUUCAUUCCAGAGUCCAUAAGAGAGACAGGCGGGCUGAUGGUGAUGUUUCCAGGAUGUGCUGUGAUGAUAUAAUUGUAAAUCUGGAUGAAAACGGAGCAAGCGAACGGAUGGAAGUAGGCUCUGAGGAUGGAUCUGAAGACGGGCUUCCAGAAACACUUAAUUUAGAAAAAAAUGGAGACGUUUUGGAAAAAGCUAAAGUUAAAAACCUCGGCGCCUCCAGGGAGUGCAGCUAUUGUGGAAAGUAUUUUCGCUCAAAUUAUUACCUCAAUAUUCAUCUCAGAACUCAUACAGGUGAAAAACCAUACAAAUGUGAAUUCUGUGAGUAUGCAGCUGCACAGAAAACUUCACUGAGGUAUCAUCUAGAGAGACAUCAUAAGGACAAGCAAGCUGAUAGUACAGCAGACAUGAAAGCUGACAGCAAAGUUUCAUCACAGAGCCAGGAGGUAUUGCUUGCUGCUGCUGGUGGCCAAGAAACCAAAAAUUUAAAGAGGCCUUUUGAUGGUGCCAAAGAUGCUGAGGCCGCCCCACCUGCCAAGCUUCAGAAGGAAGUUCUGGUCUUGAACAAUGCGGUGGGCAACACGCCUCUCUUAAGAAUCAAAAUUAAUUCUAGGGAAUUGAACAAAGGUUCCAUUUGUAACAAUUUAAAUAGAAGACAUGAGAAUGUGUCCACUCCUUACCAGGAAAACCUAAAGGCUGACAAGGAAUCAAAGGAACCUCAGCACAGUGUUCUUUGUAUAAGGGAGAGGAAGGCCUCGGUGACAUCAGAGGAAGACGAUGUCCAAUAUGUUUGCGCUAUAAAGCAUGGAAAAAAUGUGAAUGAUGUGCAAGGGAGCACUGAAAAGCAUAAACCUGAAGCGGACUCUCAGGAAAAGCCUUUGGAUUUAUCUGUUGGAUCUUCACGAGACCGUUCAGUGGUUUCAAGAAAAGACCUACCAGUACCUAGCACCUGCCUGUUUUGUACUUACAGAACACUUUACCCAGAAGUCCUUAUGAUGCACCAGAGGCUCGUGCACAAAUACAAUCCUGACACCAUUAACAAAAAUGGCUGUAGAAGCAAGGCUCCAGCUAAAGCCAGGCGGACUGGAUGCCCUCCAGCUCUGAACGGGAAAGAUGUGCUUCCUCUGACUUUCAAUUCUAAUAAGAAUAAGGCUUUUCCAUCUAUACAGCAAAAAGUACUGCAAACAGGGAAACCUAAACAGUGUCACCCCCCACAGAACAAAGUCCCACUCUUCACAGUGAUUGACUCCAGCAGCACUGUCCCAAGUAACCUCAAGUCUCAUAAUCAGCAAAGUAAUAUGGGAGCUCAGGCAAGUAACUAUAGACAACCUCAGCAAGAAAUGCACUCUGCUUCCAGUAUCUCCUCAGUGUUGGACAGAGCAAAAAGAUCUGAAUCAAAAGUAAAGGCUCUGAGUGUGUCAGCAGUGUCUCAACCUGGUCUAGUCAGCAGCAGCACGAAUGGGGCGCUCAACUCCCAUCCAAGUGAAUCUACGUGGGCUUCUCCUCAGGGAAGAGAUCCGAGAUGUAUGAGCAACGUCAAUCCAGAUUACGGCGAAACACCUUCUAAACGCAUGAAACCCAGUCCGUUAACUGUCGAACACGUUGACUCUCCAGUGGCUAAUUACAAAAGAUACGAAACAAGCAGAUUUCACGUUGCAAACAGAUACACAAAUCUGCUACCUCAGGAAUGUUCUCUCACCAAACCUGCUUCCUCGGCUUUGCCAACCAGACAAGGGCUUCUGAAUUCCAAUGAUGUCGAUCCUCAUGCAUUGACUGUUCUCAAACCUUACGAGCCAUAUAGCUCUGCAUCACUUCACAGUUCUCGUGGAUCUGCCAAUGACCAAGUAGCCAGCUCUGCAGUAGAAGGAAGUAGAACCGUGCCCUACCAACACCUGCGUAGCGGCGCGCUACAGAAGCGAACCUACGAAAGUUUGGAAAGUUUCAUCAGGAGCGCGGGCUUGCCGCCCGGCGACCAGAAGAAUUAA